CGGAAAUGGACUUUGUAUCACAACAACCCUUGUCACAAGUGGCCACAACUGAUAUAUUUUGAAAAGCACAGACUGUCAGUGCCUUGAAAUGGAUGGUAACAUAGACCCAGACCUAAUUUAUAGUACGACUGAAGAGAAGACAUUCAGUAAUCAGGAUAAAUUACCUCCCUUACCUGUACCAGAUCUUAGUCAUACACUGGACAGAUAUUUAGAUUCUGUAAAACCCCAUGUAACACCGGAGCAAUAUAGACAGACAGAAUUUAUUGUUCAACAGUUUGCAUCUGGUGUUGGCAAAGAAUUGCAUAAGGAGCUUUUAGAAAAGGCUAAACACUCUAGAAAUUGGUUGGAAAAGUGGUGGGAUUCAGCAGCAUAUUUAGAGGGUCGAUACCCAGUGGCACCUCAUGUUAACUUUGGUGGACCUGGACCAUAUAUUCACCAUGUCUACCCACCACAGGCAGGCACACAGAUUUACAGAGCUGGGAUGAUUAUGCAUUCAUCACUAAAAUUCUGGCAGUUAGUUAGAAAAGAAAAAUUAAGAAUAGAUACAGACAGUAGAGGAAACAAGAUGUGUAUGAACCAAUUCCUCAGAGCAUAUAGUGCUUGUAGAAUACCAGGGGUUCAUGUUGAUCAUUUGUCCUUCAACUUUAAAACAGAAUUACAAGGAGAUACACCCAGACAUGCUGUUGUGAUGUACAAGGAGAGGAUAUUUACAUUUGAUUGUGUUGAUGAAGAGUCUGACAUUUUAACUCCACCUGAAAUCAGCCAACAGUUACAAAAAAUCAAGGAUUUCUGCAAGGCACAUCCACAGGGUCAAGGUGUAGGGGCACUAACAGCACUUGAAAGAACUCCUUGGGCAGAGAUGAGAAGCAGAUUGCUGGCUUUACAUCCAGAAAAUUUUCAUUAUCUAAGGACAAUUGAGACUGCUAUAUGUGUUGUGAGUUUGGAUGAUGCCAACCCUACUAACGAGAUUGAAUUGUUUCAAGAAUCAUUGGGUGGAACACCAACAGACAAAUGGUUCGACAAAUCACUCAACCUGAUCUUUUUUGAAAAUGGGACAGCAGGUUCCAACUGUGAUCACACACCAGCUGAUGGUAUGGUCUAUAUUGUCUUUAAGUCUUAUGUUGAACUGCUUGUAUCCAAAACUAAAGGACUUUGGCAGGGAAGUACUGCAAAAAGAGAUUUACCAGAACCUAUACAACUUAUAUUCCAUGUUGAUGAUGUUAUUAGAAAUAAUAUAAUCAAAGCUAAAAUUGGCCACAAACAAGUAUCAGAUAAUCUGCAGUGUUAUGCCAAAUUUUAUACAAAAUAUGGAAAGACGUAUUUACGCAGACAUAAACUUCAUCCAGACACACAUGUACAACUGGCAUUACAGUAUGCUUACUAUAAAAUACACAAAAAGCCAGGGCCAACAUAUGAAACAGCAACAAUAAGACGAUUUUAUAAUGGACGUACAGAAACAAUGAGGAGUUGUACAACUGAUGCUUUUGAAUGGAGUAAAUCUAUGUGUGAUAAAAAUACCUCAGUACAGACAAAAUAUAAUUUAUACCUUAAAGCAUCAAAUAAACAUAAUAUAUUGAUGAGUGAAGCACAGGAAGUCAAAGGUUGUGAUCGACAUUUACUAGGGUUAUACCUGUUAGCAAGAGAACAAGGAUUGUCUGUUCCACAAAUAUUCACUGAUCCUGCUUUUUCUAAAAGUGGUGGUGGUGGUAACUUUGCCUUGUCUACAAGUUUUGUAGGAUAUACAACAGUUUAUGGUGGAGUGGCUCCGAUGAUAGAAGAUGGUUAUGGUUGUUUUUAUCACAUGGAACCAAAACAAAUAGCUGCUGUUGUAACCACAUGGAGAAGUUGUAAAGAAACAGAUUCUGUUGUGUUUAUGAAUGAAGUUCAUCAAUGUUUAACAGAGAUGGGUGAAAUGAUAGAGAAUGGCCAACAAACACAUGCUAAAUUAUAAACCUUGCUCAUUACAGGUGUUGUGGAUGUUCGUAAUGUGUUGUGGCUCAUAUGGCACUGCCUAAAUUAUUAUUUUUACAUUAUAAACAGAAUUAUAAAAAAUUGUUGUGCAAUAAACAGUCUACUCUCAUUAUCUCAAACGUUAUGACACUGACAAUAAUAAUUUAAGAUAACAUAAGACAAAUUUUUCAAUUGGGCCAGACAUCUUGGCUUGAUAUAACUGGAAUUUUGAAAUACCAAAAAUUUGUGAUAAGGACAGUAACUGAAUAUUGUUCUGUCAAACAGAAUAUAAUCUUUUGUAUGAGCCUAUGUGUGCCAGAAAUAUCAUGUGAGGAUGUAAGUGUUAGCUAUUCACUGGUCAACUGUCAAAUCAUUUACAGAAAUCUGCUGUUCUAUAGUACUUAAUUGUCUCUCAAUGUUACCAUUGUUACAGAAAUUUCCUGGAAUUGACUCAUUAGAUUGUUUAUGUAAAAUGAAAAGUAAUAUGUUGUUUGUUCCACAAAGUGAGUUGAAAUCAAUUUACCAUUCAUAAUUGAGAAUUGAUUAAUUUUUAAUGUUUACUUAAUAUAAAAAUAAAGAGAUGUGGUAUGAUUGCCAAUGAGACAACUAUCCACCAGAAUUCAAAUGAAGUGGAUGUAAGCAAUUAAUGUCCAGUGGUAAAUGAUAGUUCAUUAUCCAUAGUCAUCAAAUUGUUUUGUAUUUUACUAAGUAAUAGAAUUUUUGUUCCUUUAAUUGAUAGAUGUAUUAUCUGAUUAUUGUAGAGAAAUGAUUGUUCAUGUUUAUUUGUUUAGUAAAUUACCUCCCUUUGAUGUUCUCUAUUUUUUGUCAUUUAAUAAUGUCGUUGAGCAUUUUUUUUAAAGAAAUUUUAAUUUCAAUAUCAAUAAAUAGAAAGGAUUUAUUUUACCAAUUUUCCAUUACUGUAAUGCCAAAGUAUUUUUGUUUUUGACUUGUAUUUUUAUAGUAAUUCAAACACUCAACAACAUUCCAUGUCUAGAAAAUCUUUAAGGAAUAAGUAACUGUUUACUCGAUAAGCUUUAAUAAGUGUACUUGUAUUCAAUUUAUCAAUUCAGUGACAUGUAUUUAGACUUUUAAUUGAGGAAAGUGAGAAUAACUUCUUUUGUAAGAAACAAAGGGAAAGCAUAUUAUCAAUAUGACUUUUGUUGAAUUCUGAUUUAUUUUUGUCAGUGUCAAUUUCCUUUUGUACAUUUUUUUGGUUCAAUGUCAUAAAUUUUGGUCUAUAUGAUUACUCUUAUGAAAUUUAAACUCAACUUUCACUGCUGCAGAUCUAUACAUUUGAUUAUGGUAUCAGAGUGGUAAAAGUGGGGCACAAAAAUAACAUAUAUUAAGAAUGAAUUUCAAAAGGAACAUGAAAUAAUUUCUUCCAUGUAUGUUGCACAAAAAAUUAAUUCUUUGAGUUGAUAAAUAUAUUAAAUUGUGUUAGUUCUUAACUGACAGUCAUCUUUUAUCAUAAAAAGCUUAAACAAGCAACAAAUCCAAAAAUUUAUCUGGAAAAUUAUAAUUUAUUCCCCUGAUUUUAUGAUUUUUAAGCAUUUUCCUUCAAUCAAUAUUACAAAGAAUAUCUAUAUCACCAUUUUGUGUAUUUUUCAUUUUAUCUUUUUUAUGAUAAUUUUUCAUAUAAUGCUACUUGCUUGAGAUCGAAAAUUAUCGCAAGACACUAAACGUGCACAUUCCAUUGUCAAUUUAAACAUCAACAAAGUCAUAGGCAAAGUAGCAAUAAAGGGAUUAUCAAUGGUCUUUCAAACUCGAGGAUGUUUCUAGGCCACAUCUCAUCUCAGGGCUAUCGCCUUUUGAUGAGAUUGUAGCUGAGAAACACCUUCUUGUUUCAAAAACUAUCCAUAAUCUAUAAAUAUUACAUACAAUAUCUAAUAUUACAUACAAUAUAAAAUAUCUAAUACAAUAUCUAAUAUUACACACAAUAUCUAAUAUUUCACACAAUAUCUAAUAUUACAUACAAUAUAAAAUAUUACAUACAAUAUCUAAUAUUACACACAAUAUCUAAUAUUUCACACAAUAUCUAAUAUUACACACAAUAUCUAAUAUCACACUCAAUAUCUAAUAUUACAUACAAUAUUGGAUAUUUCAUUAAAUAUUUAACCUAGCAUGGGAACUUGGAAGCUGCAAUAUUAGUAAGGAAUAGCAUCAAACUAUUUGCUUCUUUUUAUUGAAAAUCAAAAACAACUGAUCUAUCAAAGUCUUUGAAUUUUACUUUUUAAAAUACUGGCACACAAAAGAAGCACUGGAAAUCAUGCAAUAAGGUUGAGUCAUCAAUGGCAUUCUGUAGACUCUGUCAUGUUGUAUCUUUAGUGUUCUAUGAAAUUUAGAUGGAAAUGAUUGAUGUGGCUUUAAUAUUUUUUAUAAGAUUGUAGAUGGCUGUAUUUUGGUGGAUUUAAUGUGAUUUAUUGUUUGAUUUUUAAUUUAUAUUCAUUUAAACAUUAUCUUUUUUUAUUUAGAUUUUUUAUAGCAAGUGACAAUGCAAUUAAUUUUACAAUAAACAAAUUCAAAAUAUUUUUAAAUAAAAUAAUAUAAAACAGUA